AUGGACAUUAAUUUUAAUGCCCAUUUUUUCCAGGCUGUUGAGUCCGAAUUGAGCGCCAAGGAUGACAUGUCAUUUUAUAACGAUCGUGAUAGCGAUGAUGGAGAAAAAUAUGCAAAGGAAGAAAAUAGUAGCUGUUGCGAUCAAUUCUCAAAGGCCAGUCAAAAUGGAGAUGUUUUUCCUGUGGACUCGAGAAAAUCGCGGAUCGAGGCGGAUGACACAAGCUCUAAAGAUUCAAAAGCCUCUUUGCAAUCGAGCAUUGAAAAGCCGAAAGUUUCUGCCGAAGAGUACGAUUACUUUAAAAAGUUAGCUUUUUUUGCUUCCAACAAAAACGCGAACACCUCGCAAAUGUACUGUGAUUUGCAUUUAAUUUAUAGACAAAUGCACAGGAAUCUCCAAAUAUCGUCUGCAUUUUUUUUU